UAUCUCACAUAUCAAUAAUUCAAGCGCGCGCGAGAGAGAGCAGACGGAGCUCCCCCCCCCCCCCUCCGCGCGCUAUGAGUUGUGCUGCCUCGUCACUCGUCCAGGGCCCCUCCGCACCGCGCGCGACUCCCGCUUAUUGUGUUUUCAAGUGACAGAAAAGCUGCUGAGAAAGUGAGAAAAAAAGAGGAAAGGAACAGGUGAAAACUGGCGACUCGACCGGAGGUACGCGGGCAAUAAACUGAUUUUUUCGAAAAAAACGGGAGAGACGCAGAACAAUUUACCGUCUGGUUCCCCCUCCAAGAGACUCCGCGAGGGAGAAACUGUUUGCAACGGGCUGAUUAAAUACAAGAAUACGGAGUGGCAUCUAGUUGUGAAACAAGCCUCAUCAAGGUUCAUCCGGGGAACACCUGGGAAACUCUUCCCACCUUACUUUUUUUUUUUUUCAAGGGGAAUAGACCCGCGGUUUAAGGUACGAAGACGACCGGAGAAGUUCGUCGUUCCGGUCCGGUAUGUUGGCGUUUUGCCUGCUGAGUGCCGUGUGGCUCGCGGCGAGCCCGGCCCGCGCCCAGAACGAGACGGAACCAAUCAUCCUGGAGGGGAAGUGCCUCGUGGUGUGCGACUCCAACCCGGCUGCGGACCCCACGGGCACGGCGCUCGGGAUCUCGGUGCGCUCGGGCAACGCCAAGGUGGCGUUCUCCGCGGUACGGAACACCAACCACGAGCCCUCCGAGAUGAGCAACCGAACCAUGGUCAUCUACUUCGAUCGGGUUCUAGUAAAUAUUGGGAAGAACUUUGACGAGGAGAGAAGUAAUUUCAUCGCGCCGCGCAAAGGGAUUUACAGUUUUAACUUCCACGUAGUGAAAGUCUACAACCGCCAAACUAUACAGGUGAGCCUGAUGCACAACGGCUGGCCGGUGAUUUCAGCAUUUGCCGGCGACCAGGAUGUGACGCGCGAGGCGGCCAGCAAUGGUGUUCUGAUCCAGAUGGAGAAGGGAGACCGGGCCUACCUCAAACUGGAGAGAGGAAACCUAAUGGGAGGAUGGAAAUACUCCACCUUCUCCGGCUUCCUGGUGUUCCCCCCAUUCAUUCAUCCAUCUCUGUCAACAUAAGCUUUGAAGAAUGUUUCCUGAAGAGCUGCUCUCCACAUUUCCCAUUUCCAUAUUUGUAGUGUUUUCUUUUUUCAUGCUUGACAUAAAUUGCACUGAUUUUGGAUCAGCCUCUGCCCCAAAGCCAAACUAGAUUUAUUUCUUUAUAGGGGAAACAUUAAACUCUGAUCACAAAAUCAGGCGCUACAUGUACAUACCCUGUAAAGCUGUGUUUUGUAGUUAUUAUAAUAAUUAUUGGCUUUCAAAAAAAGCUUGUUUUUUGUCUUGUCUGGUGUCAAAGUCCUCCACCACACAACUCACGUGUGAAAUAACAAUAAAGCGCUUCUUACACAUAUUUCAGGCCACAAUUACGUUUCUGUACAAAAUGUAACUGGUAAAAAUAAAACAGUAUAUAAAUGUAAGCAGGCGGGGGGGGGGGGUUGCUAUCUAUCAGGAAACUAUAAUAUUUUAAAUGAAAACACUGCUGUCUGGCACAAUCACAAAGAUACAAAAGCUCUAAAGGGAAAGAAACAUUUUCAUUUCCACUGUGCUGACAAAGUGAAGUACAUAGUAAAGGUUAAAACAGCAGGACUUUGGUGUAAACUGUUCAGUGUAGAUACAAUAAUUUAAAAUAAAAACUCCAGCCAUGUAAUUAAUUCUUAACCGUGACUCUUGAGACUAUAUCUAAUAACCCUUAGAUUGGAUCACACAGAAAGUAUUGCUAUACCUUCUUCCUUCAGUUUUUUUUUAUAUUAUCAUCUCUUGCAGACAUUCGAAUCGACCUCCAUCCUGUCUCACCAUCCUUUGUCGUCGUCGUCCCCCCCUCCCCCUCGGUCUGUCUCUCGUCCUUUAUCACCGCUGCUAGUUUUUUCUUCAGAUUCCUGCUCCUCUCCGGGAUCAUCUUGUCUUUUCGACUAUGCUGUUGACCCACAAGUGCAGAUUUCUCUCUCUUCCUUUUUUGUACACCUCUGUUAUCCCCCCCCCCCUCAACAGUCCAUCCUCCGCUCCUUCCUCAUGUCUGUACUUUAUCUGCUGCUGUACUCGUUCGCCUCCCAGCACGGAUCCUUCCUUGCUUUUCUUCAAUGUUGGACUUUGGACACUGAAACCAACUAACAACCACGAACUCUACAUAUAUAUAUGUAUAUAUAUAUAUAUAUACAUACAUAUAUAUAUGUAUAUAUACAUUUACACAGUAUAUAUACAAAUGGAUAUAUAAAUAUAUCAAAAUCUAAGCCACCAUUUUUAUUCUACUGGUAUUAUGAUGAUAAUAAUGAUAAUACUAAUCCUGAAAACUGAAUCUGGUUGAUGACUAUAAUAUCUGUAUUUCCGUACUUCAAUGUUAUAUAAAAGAAAAAAUAUUCUAUGAGAAACUUAUUAGUGAUUGUGUGUGGAAAUCUGAGGCUGCCGUUCUGCUCUUCUGAUUAAAAAAGAUGCUUCUUGUUUUUGUUUUGGGUCGAACCAAGUUGUGACUAAAAAGCUGAGACUACUACUUAUAUAAAAAAGCUACAGCUAAAAAGGAAUUUUAUUUAUUUAUUAUUAUUAUUAUUCAUCAAUCAAUCAUAUCAAUUUAUCUACUGUUUUCUUAUUUAUUUGCUCCGAUGAAAUCAAUAAAAUUUAAAUGGUACUUUUAUUUUUCUUAAACCUA